AUGCCCCGUGCUGGGAAGGAGGAUGCGAACGAGUUCAAUGUCGAUUUUGAGGAGAACACCAGGAUAAUAUCAACAAGACGUGAAGACCCCUUGGUAUUUCCCAUGCAUGAAGACUGUUACGAACUUCUUGGAAAGGUUGCGAAGCCACGAAUGAUCGACACCGCGGCUCUGUACCAAGUCUUCACAGCUCACCUUCCGCCACCCUCCCACGGGUCACCAAAUGCCCUGGACUUUGACUAUGGCCCAGGUAUGCUGUCAUUAUCACCCGUUUCUAUUCACGACGGCCAGGCCACCGACAUCACCGAAAGCGCCUUGAAGAAAGCUCAUAAGUCGAUUGUACGAGUAAUCGGGCGACCCCCAAACGUACCAACUGGACCAGCUGCUGGUCGUGGAUGCCUCGAAAUGUACCGACCGGAGCGUGCCAAUCCUACAGAACUGGGCCGUACAACAAUCAACGGGGAACACGAGCGCCAUCUGGAAAUCACCACAUGGCUCUGUAUGCAAUCCACCAAGGUGCAUGGCGAAAUAAGCGCAAGAAGCGGAAGCAGGGCACAUAUUCUGUGCCGAAGGAUAUUUCUGACACGUAGAGCCUUUCUAAUCGAGCAAGCUCGGCAUCAUGAGGAUAACCACUAUGAUGUAUAUGAUGAUGAUGAAGUUGGUGAACAUGGCGAGGUAUUCGACACCCGACUCGUCACAGUUUACGACUUCCAAGGUCCUCAGUCCUUUGCAGCGCCACUUCACGUCGAUUGCUAUGUGAUCCUCCAAGACGCUUAUAAACCACGAAAAGUUACCCUCUCUGCUCUUUACGACACUCUUGCAGGAUAUUGCUCUCCAACCAGGAACAAACACCAACCAAACUCACUGGAUCUUGACCAUGGCCUACCAUCUGGACCUUUUGAAGUCGAUAUGGUCAAUGUCAACGACGAAUACGCACUCGCGUCACCAAGUCAGGUUGAUGAGUGUAUAGAAGAUAUGGUUCAAGAGCUUUUCAGAAUUUCACGUAAAUCCAAGAAGCCAAAGAACGGAAAUAUUCCACAGACCUUAUUCGCGAAUGGCAAUGGCGAGAAGAUAUCCCCUUCGAAAAUAUACGCUGAUAUGCCAUGGGCAAAGCACUAUCUUCCGCGCACCGAUGAGAUGCGAAAGCGCAGAAUUGAUUGGAAAAAACUUUACAAGAAUCUUGACCUCCUCGGAAAAGGUAUAGGGGAGGGGAAAUUUAAACCCAAUGUCAGAAUGCAUCUUGAGAAUCGGUGUCGGAUCUGGAGCGUGUGUACUCGACUCUUGAAGGAGUGUUCGGUCCGCGAACCAAAAAAGAAUCAAGUGGCUGAGACGAAUAAACGAAAGUCUGGAAAUAAAACCAACAAGCCGACUGAUAAGAUUAUCAAGGGCGCAGUCUCCAGUCUCAUGCCACUCUUGACAUUCCCGGCCGACUCCAAAACAACCUACGCCAGCGUCAAUCUCAUCAAUAGAAUGAACGACAUGGAGAAAGCUGAGCCUGUGAUUAGGGUCUAUUGGACUGAUAGCAAGGAGCUUGCGGGUAUAGGAGUUCACGACUCCGACAAAAACACAACCAAGACGAUAGGAUCAGAAGAUCUAUUUCACUCGAGUGAAGAUGCACAGAUCCCAAAGGACGACUGGCUAGUAGCAAUAUUCAUCACCACGAAAGAAGUCUCUGGCGACAAUAACCCCAAACUCAUGCAGCGGAAGGCUGUAGGCAUAAGGUUUGUCUUUUUGUACGACAACUUCAUUCAACUCGGUCAAUCUGAAGGAGAUAUACGAGUUCUCGUCCCCAAAGAUGAGCACAUUGUUGUUUCCAUCGGCGGUACAUGGGCUCCUGGAAAGCCCUUGGAAAAGCUGGUUCUUCUGCAGCAAGAUCUGGAAAAGGUGCCUUCUUCUGCUUUCUCUCGCAUCGGGAUGUCCGAUUUUACGCCUUUUGAUGAAGCCCAAGAGUUUCAGCCCGACACCAGGAUUGCAAACUUUCUCUGGAGAGGACAGGUACCUACUGAGCACGAAAUCUGGCCUUCUUACCCUUUGAGGCUAGAUCCCUUGAUGCCAACGCCCGUAGAGGCAUUGUUAUUCGAGAACAAGACUGAUGAUCCGCACAACAACCUCCGUGUUGGGGUGGAUGUUCAGUUUCGUGGGUUUGAGUGCAUUAUUUUAGUAUGGAGUCGGAUGAGAAUAUCAGGAAGUGCUGUCACUGGCAAGGAUAAGGUUGAGGGCCUACGCUUCCUAAGAGAAAAGGGACAGCAUUUCAUUGUUGGAAGAAUUGGGCAAAAUGAGAAGAUUCUUGCCAGAGGGGGGCGAAAUGGGGAGACUAUAAAAGGCUUCCAUUGCCAGUGGUCUAACAAAAACACCUCCGAUAGCGCUCUGACGUCCUUUGGCGUAUUCACCCUCGACGACGUCACUUGGCGCCUCGGGGGGGAGCGCGAGGAUAAGGACUCCAGGGGAUUCUACUGGAUCCCAAACCGUCCCCAAACCGAAUAUCCAUACGCCGAAGUUGGACCAAUCCAUGGCCAAACAGACAAAAUCGAAAGAUUGCGUUACCCCGACGUUGGUGUGCCGAGUCCGCAGGCAGUUGUGACGUGGCUCGACUGCUCAAAACCACUCGAAACUAUUUCCGUUAUAAUGUGUCAUAGUACGACGACAGAGUUACUCAAGAUUACGUCCAUGGCUUUCGAGUACGCUGAGGGUCAUGAGCCGAUGUACUUCGGACCAUUCGCCAUCUCCGAACCAGAGCAUGAGAAAAAUGUCAGUAAACAAGACCGGUGCACUUGCAUACACGGAGGUUCUUUCGAAGUAGAGAUUGAAGAUGAACCCCACUUUGAAAUAGGUGAAUGGAACCCAAAUGGAGCUUACCUCAAAACUCUUCGUCUAUGGGUCGACAGCUUAGGGAUCCUCACCGGUCUACAGUUUGUGACUGAAGCAUCCGAGAGUCAGAAGUUGGGCUUCUGUGAGGGCGAACAUUCUGCUGAGCUAGACUUGCGAACUAAGGAAGAAACAGCUGCGGGGAUCAAGUUCUUCCUUGGCUCGAAUGGGAGAAAUGACGUUGGCGAAGAUACGGUUGUUGUAGCUGUUCAGUUGAUCGAGGUAAAAAAGCCAGCCCCAAAACCAAAACCUCCCCAGAUGAAGAAGUACAAGAUUUCAAAGUAA